AGAAAAUUUGGUGUUGUCAUGUUUGACUUGUGCGCUACUUGGAAAUUAAGUUGUUGCACUGGCUUCGUUUUUUGAAAGCUUAAAUUUGUAAUUUACUAAGUGAACUAUACCCAAAGGCCUAUUAAACUGCCUACGAACGAUAGUACCAUGACCUACCAUCUCUAAUUUUGCCGCCUGCGAAAAACACAAACAAUGUUUGGCACCGUAAAUAACUAUUUAUCCGGCGUUUUGCACGCCGCCCAGGACUACGAUGGCGAGUCUUUGGGCACCCACCUCUCCUUACGGGACGUGCACGUGCAGAACCACAAUCUGUACAUCGCCCAGCCGGAAAAGCUAGUAGAUCGAUUUCUGAAACCGCCAAUGGACGAUGUUGUGUCUGCCCACCUGAAGGUGCUGUAUCACCUGGCGCAGGAGCCACCUGGUUACAUGGAGGCCUACACCCAACAGGCGGCAGCCUGCGGCGCCGUGGUGAGGCUUUUGCAGCAACUGAAGGACGAGAAUUGGUGCCUGCCCCUGAUGUACCGCGUGUGCCUGGAUCUGAGAUACUUGGCGCAGGCCUGCGAGAAGCAUUGUCGAGGAUUCACACCUGGGCAUGUGCUGGAGAAGGCCGCCGACUGCAUGAUGGCCUGUUUCCGCGUUUGCGCCGCUGACGGACGCGCUUCCGAGGAGGACACCAAGCGGCUGGGCAUGAUGAACCUUGUAAACCAGCUAUUCAAGAUCUACUUCCGCAUCAACAAGUUGCAUUUGUGCAAGCCCCUUAUCCGUGCCAUUGAUAAUUGCAUCUUCAAGGAUUCUUUUCCGCUGCCCGAGCAAAUAACCUACAAGUAUUUUGUGGGUAGGCGGGCCAUGUUCGACUCCAACUACCAGGCAGCCGUACAGGAUCUGUCGUAUGCAUUUAGCAAUUGCCCGGAUCGGUUUGCCAGCAACAAAAGGCUCAUCCUCAUCUAUUUGGUGCCUGUGAAGAUGCUCCUGGGAUACCUGCCCAGCAAAUCCCUACUGCAGCGCUACGAUCUCCUGCUGUUCCAUGAUUUGGCUUUGGCCCUGAAGGCUGGCAAUGUGAAUCGCUUCGAUGAGAUUGUCAGGGACCAGGAGCUGGUGCUGAUCAGGAGUGGUAUCUAUCUGCUGGUCGAGAAGCUCAAGUUCCUUGUGUACCGCAACCUGUUCAAGAAGGUGUUCGUCAUCCGGCAAACGCAUCAGCUGGACAUGGGCGACUUCCUCUCCGCCUUGCAGUUCGUUGGCCUAAGCGACGUUUCUCUGGACGAGACGCACUGCAUCGUGGCCAAUCUCAUUUACGAUGGAAAGAUCAAGGGCUACAUCUCACAUGCUCACAACAAGCUGGUCGUGUCCAAGCAAAAUCCAUUCCCCUCCAUGUCCCUUUAGUGCAUUUCAUUAUUUUUGUGAAUUUUGUAAAAAGUAAAAGACUUCAAUUUAA